CCCAGCCCUGCACGCUUCCCCGCGGGGGCGCCCCGGGGACCCUCGGCCUGCCCAUGGCUGACCUGAGCUUCAUCGAGGAUUCCGUCGCCUUCCCGGAGAAGGAGGAGGAUGAAGAGGAGGAGGAGGAGGGGGUGGAGUGGGGCUACGAGGAAGGUGUUGAGUGGGGCUUGGUGUUUCCUGAUGCUAAUGGGGAAUACCAGUCUCCCAUUAACUUAAACUCAAGAGAAGCUAGAUAUGACCCCUCACUGCUGGAUGUCCGCCUUUCCCCAAAUUAUGUGGUGUGCCGAGACUGCGAAGUCACCAACGAUGGACAUACCAUUCAGGUUAUCCUGAAGUCAAAAUCAGUUCUAUCAGGAGGUCCAUUGCCUCAAGGGCAUGAAUUUGAACUGUAUGAAGUUAGAUUUCAUUGGGGGAGAGAAAACCAGCGUGGUUCUGAGCACACAGUUAAUUUCAAAGCUUUUCCCAUGGAGCUCCAUCUUAUCCACUGGAACUCGACCCUGUUUGGCAGUAUUGAUGAGGCCGUGGGGAAGCCGCAUGGCAUUGCCAUCAUUGCUUUGUUUGUUCAGAUAGGAAAAGAACACGUAGGCUUGAAGGCUGUGACCGAAAUCCUCCAGGAUAUUCAGUACAAGGGGAAGUCCAAAACAAUACCCUGCUUUAAUCCUAACACUUUAUUACCAGAUCCUUUGCUGCGGGAUUAUUGGGUGUAUGAAGGUUCUCUUACCAUUCCACCUUGCAGCGAAGGUGUUACCUGGAUAUUAUUCCGAUACCCUUUAACUAUAUCCCAGCUGCAGAUCGAAGAGUUUCGAAGGCUGAGGACACAUGUUAAGGGGGCAGAACUUGUGGAAGGCUGUGAUGGGAUUUUGGGAGACAAUUUUAGACCUACUCAGCCACUUAGUGACAGAGUCAUUAGAGCUGCCUUUCAGUAGUCAAAGAGAACAGGAACAAGACUGUCUUCAUCUGGGAGGAAGACAAUGAUUCCACAGUGCCCUUCGAUGAGAAACGGAAACUUUUGAGCUGCAGCUUCAGUUUAUCCUCAAAGCCUGCAUUGUUUGUCUUCAUCUAAUCCAGCUUUGAUGGACAUCUGUGACAGUUGCCUGUACACUUGCUCUAAUGAAAUAUUAGAAAUGGCUGUACAUUCAAAGGAAACCCAAUAUUCUAUAUCCACACCACUACUGCUAGGAUUCAGAUUUUGCACAUACUGUUUAUUGCUUAUGUGUAGAAGAAAAGAAACUGGUUUUCAGAGUUGUUAUUAAUAUGAAUAUAUAUCAUGUAUUAAUACUGAGACAGGAAAAAUACAUUCCCAGUGUUAGCGAUCCUUCAUUUCCUGUCUCCAAGAGAAAAAUUCACUCAUUUGGAGAAUAAUGUAAUUCUUGAUAAUAAAUAAGAGUUUUGAUCAGGAACAGCAUAUGACUUGAAAAUGGAAUGUGAAAGAUUAGUAAAAAUCGUAUCUCAUGUUGUUUUUCAGCCCUCAUACCACAAUUAAUGUCAGGCUGGUUAUUAUGCAAAAGAAUUUGGGAGUUAAUGCAAGAACAAAAUCACUUUAUAUAUUUCUCAAAGGAUCAAACUGAAUGUAUGAAUCUAAUUGUAUUUAUUUGACAUAUUAGAAGCUCUGGUUUCUAGGAGUUUGAGAAAGGCAUAAAAAUUGGAAAAAAAAAUAUGUGGGUACAACAUACCAGAAAUGCUUUAUUUUCCAUGAUAGUAACAUAAAUUGAAUAGUAACCUAUAAUAAUUUAGUGCUGUACAUUUUGUAAGACCUUAAAAUAUUUUAUUCUAUGGAGUUUACUUUAGUAUAUUGAGACCUUGCUUUCUAAGAUAACAAUAUCUUUAGUUUAAUUAAUUUUAAGUGCUACUGGCAAAUGUAAGCAUAUGCUUAGAAGCAGUUAGAUGUGACAGAAUGAGAUAAUUUAUGUAAAGCAGUAGAGUGGCACAAAGCAAGUACUUAAUAAAUGUUAUUUGUUGUUAUACUUAUUGUUCUAAAACUAAAGACUUCGUAGUCCUAAUUUGGAGGGAUUUUGUGAUGCAAAAUGUUUUAAGUUAGAGAUAACACAGGUACAAUAAGUAUGUGUUGUGAGAUUUUACAUGUGUUGGGUAGAGGCUGUAAUAAUGAAAGCAUUAAACACAAAUAAAAAGGACACCAAGUAUCCCUGAAAAUAGCAGCAAAGGAAGAUCCUGGUAGAGCCUUGAGCAGGGAGAGAAAGGACUGGCAUGGUAGCAGAGUGAGGAAAAGCAGGGGCUUGCAAAGGUUUGGGGUCUGCCCUUAGCCCUGGAUCACGAGGGCAGCAUUGGGCAGAGCCCCUGAGAAGCGGAGAGAAGCCCUGGAUUCAUCCUUUCCAUAGUUUCUUGUAUACAAAAAUGAAGAAAUGGCAAAGCAUGGUUGCAAAAACUGAAGCAUAUUUAAAAACUUCUAUCUCCCAAACUAAAGCAUGCCACACACAUGCAAACAUGGGUUGUAGCUUUAGCCUCAGUUGUAGCUGACCUCCAAAGAUGACCUCUGAAGAUUUAAUUUUCUUGUGGAUGAGAAGCCAGUCAAAAGAUGCCCUGGCAUUCUUUUGGGAGAGCCUGUAUUCGGUCCUUGAAAGCAGUAUGCACCCCCGCCUCUGCUCUGAUACAGUUGGUACUGAGCAUCCAAGGGAUCUUCUUGGACUUGAUUUCUGGUGCUUCUUAGAGUCUCCAACCAGCUGUCCCUGAAAAACACAGAAUAAACAUAACAACUCAAAGUGACCGUUAGGGAGAUACCUAGUUGCCCAUAUUCUCCCUUCCAUUGUCUUUUAAUUGAAGCAAUCAAUUUUAUUUACCAUGUAUUUUUUGAGUCAAAAGACUGAAAUGAACUACUUGAUCCAGCUUGUGGCGUCUAUUGGUGAGGUUGUGUGUGUGGAGAUUUACUAAGCUUUAAUCUAGGAAACACGUACCUCAGGCUCAGAAUAUGAAUGCUGGUGAGAGUGAUGCUUAUGUAGGAAUAAAUCUGAAAGCGUAAUUUGUAAAUCAA